GGAUGAAAAUGGCAAAGGUAAAGUUUAGUAAAAUUCAAGACUUCCUGGAGGGCAGACCUGCACACGACAUGCACGUGCAGCCGUACUUCUACGCUGUGAACAACUGUGACCAGCAGGACGCCGAGAUAAAGAAGUUAAAGGAGGCAAUAUGGGAAACAUCUAAGGCGCAGCCAUACUGGGGUGAAGAGCAGCCGUUGAGGUUUGUUCUGUUAGAGAGGAAGCUAAAGGAGAUCAGUGAAUCCAAAAAGUGCCUGGACCUUAAAGGUGUUAUUGAAGAAGGACACCAUUAUGGUCUGGAGAGCUUAAAGAUGAUAUUGCCCUUUUUGAAAUUCUGCACUGAACUUGGGGAACUCAUUUUCUUCGAUGAAUCUGAUAUUCGUGAUCUCGUGAUCUUGGAUCCCCAAUGGCUUAUUGAUGCAUUUGCUUCUCUUAUAACUGUUGAGAAGUACCACAAGGGUUCCAAUCCAGACGACAGGGGUUAUUGGAAGAUGCUGGAUGAUAAAGGAGUACUGGAUGAACGGCUGAUUGACAGUGUGUGGAAGAAAGACAAAGAACUGACAGACAACAAAGAAAACCUUCUGCGUAUUUGUCAACGGUUUGACCUGCUGGUUGAACUACCGAUGGGACGUGAUGAUCAACAAAGGAAGAAGUAUUUAGUCCCUUGUGUGCUGAAAAGUCACCCAAAUCCAGAAAGCUAUUUGAAGAUACCCGUUUGUCCACAAGAGGGUUAUUCAAAGUUGCAGAAAAUCCCUCCAUUAUACCUGAUGUUUGACGGUGGAUUCUGCCCCCCUGGUCUCUUUCAUCGCCUGGUGGUCUGCUGCUACAGGAAGUGGUCAUCUCACGACCAAAAUCCAUACUGCGACUAUGCAUGUUUCAAGGUGGACAGGUCAACUCACACAAUAUUGGAGUUAUCGAACAAAGGAGAAGGCAUCUUCCAGCUCAUGGUUGGCUCAUUGAAAACAGGUUUCAACGAUUUGGAGAGCGACACUGCAUUCCAAGUUCUAACCUAUAUCAAGCAAGAGCUAGACCGCCUUAUCAGCGCCUACUCCCCUUGCCUGAAGUACAGCAUUGGGUUUGACUGA